AUGGCGAUAGAGAAACUUCGCAUCGGUAUCGCAGGCCUUGGCCGUAUGGGAAAACGUCAUGCGGUGAAUUUCCACGAGCUCACUGCUCGUGCAAAUGUGGUAGUCGCGAGCGCUCCUGAUCCCGACUACGACGAAAUGCUUGAAAAGGCCGAUAUAAAAGCUGUUGUAGUUGCGAGUAUCACUGCCGUGCAUGCAGAUGUCGAUCUCGAAGUUGCUGAAACUGUAGUUUCGGCAUAUGAGGAGUCUCUCAAGAAAUAUCCGCAGCAGGAAGUGAUGUGUGGGUUUUCUCGUCGCUUUGACGUUUCAUAUCGUGAAGCCCAUGCAAGAGUUUCAAAGGGCGAGCUUGGAUCCCCAGUUCUUUUCCGAUCUCAAACAGCAGAUUUGCAUGAUUCAUCGGGAUGCUUCGUCGAGUAUGCGAAAACAAGCAGUGGUAUAAUUGAGGAUUGUUCUAUUCACGACAUCGACCUCAUUAUUUGGUUCCUAGGUGAGAACCGUAAGAUCAAGAGCUUGCAGGCAGUUGGUGUUUGUGCCAUCCAUCCUGGACUAGAGGCGAGCAAUGACCGGGAUAAUGCGAUCGCGACUGUGGAGUUUGAGGGUGGAAGAAUGGUGGCGCUUUAUUGCUCACGUGUGAUGGCGGCCGGGCAAAAAGACACCUCGGAAAUUAUUUGCGAGAAAGGUCUAGUGAGGGUGAAUAUGCAAGUGAGAAAGAAUCAUGUCGAGAUUCAUGACUCGCAGGGUGCCAGACGUGAGCUGCCGCAACAUUAUUACGAGAGAUUCCGGGAAGCCUUUAUCACUGAAGCCUCCGAAUCCACAGCAUGCUGUUUGGACAAUUCUCUGCCUCCAAUAAGUCUCCAAAGCUCCGUUAAAGCGGGUUUUAUCGGACAAGCAUUGCAGAGAAGUCUUAUAACGGCGAGAAAUUUUUCUUUGAGUAAACUUAAAGAAUUCAAUAGUUAG